ACUGAUUCUUCCAUCUUCUCUUCUUUCCUUCUCUCUUUUUCACUCCAGACACAUCUCCGAGCCUUCAAUCAUUCUCUUCUUGAAUUCUCAACCUUGUAAACCGACUACCUCACACCUUCCGCAAACGUUUCGAACCUCUACCACUCGUUGACAGAAUCAUGUCUCGCCACCACCCAGAUCUCGUCAUGUGUCGCAAAGCGCCCGGCAUCAGUUUGGGACGGCUGUGCGAUAAAUGUGAUGGCAAGUGUCCUGUAUGCGAUAGCUAUGUUCGACCGACGACAUUGGUGCGCAUCUGCGAUGAGUGUUCGUUCGGCAACUACCAGAACAAAUGCGUCGUCUGCGGUGGCGAAGGCAUCUCGGACGCCUUUUACUGUUUCGAAUGUACCCGUCUGGAAAAAGACCGCGAUGGAUGUCCUAAGAUUAUAAAUCUUGGAAGUUCCAGGACCGAUCUGUUCUAUCAAAAGAAGAAUUUCAGAAAUCAGUACUGAUCCAUUUUGGUGACAUGUUUGCAAUGACACAGAAUGACUCGCCAGUGGGACGAUUGUGCCUUUGACAAGGAAGAACAUCAGCAGUUGCCUUGUACAGCAGGCAGGAAAUGGCAAUACGGCUUUUCAAUAUGAGAGAGCGCUGAUGAUAGCCAUGACUGGGACACUUCCACCGCAGUUCGAAGCCGGCAAUAUCGAGGCCAAUCCGCCACCCGUGCGGUAUUUAAUCCAUAAUGGCUCGCCUAUCAUGCCGCCAGCUCUUUCAAAUCAGCCAGUCCCAGCGUCGACAUGGUUUCCAGCAAGACGAUCAACAAGUUCGAGCCAGAAUCAGACGGGUACUAUUACACAGGGAACAAACACCUCAACCUUCUUAGGUUAUGAGAGGGGGUUUUGCAGAAUGUGCACUCAUCACGUUUGAAUCACUCCCCCGGAAGCGACGGGGGGAUGCACCGGUCUGGGCAUGAGCAAGAGUCGGUGGGCUGGGACGAUUUCAUACUCAGUCUUCGACCUGCAGUUUACGGCCGCCGCAAAACGACGGAAAUCACAUGACGAUGAGAGUUGAGAAUGUCGGUACUCUGCUUUGGGAUGGGGAUUAUGUGCAUUCUUUGAGGAUUGCUCAGUCGUGCUCAUUCCAAUUAUGAUCAUUAUCAUCACGAUAAUGGCUUGAGUUGAUAUGCAUCUGAACAAAGUAGAACUCAUCAAUUCGAAAAAUUCAAAAAUGCCAUUCCAUGUCCAUCCAUGUAUGACC